AUGGGAGCAAAUUUAUCGUCUGAUCAUAGCUCAGUGGUGUCAAUAAACCUCUUCGUGGUACUACUUUGUGCGUGUAUAGUGAUCGGUCAUUUACUAGAGGAGAAUCGGUGGAUGAACGAGUCCAUUACUGCACUUGCUUUAGGUUUGUGUACUGGAGUUGUGAUUUUGCUAACAACAGGAGGAAAGAGCUCGCAUCUUUUAGUUUUCAGUGAAGAUUUAUUCUUUAUUUAUCUGCUUCCGCCGAUUAUUUUUAAUGCUGGGUUCCAGGUAAAGAAGAAGCAGUUUUUCCGCAACUUCAUGACUAUCAUGCUGUUUGGCGCAGUCGGGACUCUGAUAUCUACUGCCAUCAUUUCGAUAGGUGCUAUGCACUUUUUCAAGAAAACGAAUACCAGUUCUCUCAGAAUUGGAGACUAUCUUGCAAUUGGAGCAAUAUUUUCAGCCACAGAUUCUGUUUGUACCUUGCAGGUUCUUAACCAGGACGAGACGCCUUUACUAUACAGUCUGGUUUUUGGGGAAGGCGUAGUAAAUGAUGCAACAUCAGUGGUGCUUUUCCAUGCAAUUCAGAGCUUUGACCUAUCUCACAUCAACUCAAGCAUUGGACUUGAAUUUCUCGGAAACUUUCUGUAUUUGUUUAUCUCAAGCACCAUAUUGGGAGUUCUAACUGGACUACUUAGUGCGUACAUUAUCAAAAAGCUCUACUUCGGCAGGCAUUCUACCGAUCGUGAGGUUGCUCUUAUGAUGCUCAUGGCUUACCUUUCAUAUAUGUUGGCCGAACUAUUCUAUUUAAGCGCGAUUCUCACAGUAUUCUUUUGUGGGAUUGUUAUGUCUCAUUACACAUGGCACAAUGUAACCGAAAGCUCAAGGAUUACGACCAAGCAUGCUUUUGCUACUUGGUCAUUUGUUGCCGAGAUCUUCAUCUUCCUCUAUGUUGGCAUGGAUGCCUUGGACAUUGAGAAAUGGAAGGUUGUAAGCGAUAGCCCUGGAACAUCAGUCCGAGUGAGUUCGAUACUCCUGGGAUUGGUUCUGGUUGGAAGAGCAGCCUUUGUUUUCCCCUUAUCCUUUUUAUCCAACUUGACUAAGAAGUCUCCGAAUGAGAAAAUAAAUAUAAAGCAACAAGUAACAAUAUGGUGGGCUGGUCUUAUGCGUGGUGCUGUUUCUAUGGCUCUUGCUUAUAAUCAGUUCACCAGGUCAGGACAUACUCAUUUGCAUGGCAAUGCAAUCAUGAUCACCAGCACAAUUACAGUUGUCCUUUUCAGCACAGUGGUGUUUGGACUGAUGACUAAACCACUAGUGAGGAUCUUGCUUCCAUCACAGAAACACACCGCCAGUAUGUUGUCUUCUGAACCAUCUAGUCCUAAAUCCUUUGCUGUGCCACUGCUCAAUGGACAGGAUUCAGAGGACAACCAGGCCAGCCACAACGUGCCCCGUCCAACCAGCUUUAGGAUGCUCUUGAGCACCCCUUCUCACACAGUCCACCACUAUUGGAGAAAAUUUGAUAAUGGCUUCAUGCGACCUGUUUUUGGUGGCCGGGGAUUUGUACCAUUUGUGCCUUGCUCCCCCACUGACCAAAGUCUUCAUCAAUGGCAGUGA